AUGUUCGACAACUUGACUCGCAACCUGGAGAUUACGCUUCAGAACAUGCAAGAUGCAUAUUCCUCGCGCGAGGAGAUGCCCUUUUCGGCCACCAAACUAUUGACGCCGACUUCCAUGGCCGUCGCUAUCGUCACCACCAUUCCACCCCCGGGUCCCACACGGGUCGUCGUCGGGAUGACAGCCUUCACAACUCUGUGGCUCUACGUGCUCACCCAUUGGGUAGCAGGUCCGUCUUUCUUCAUGGAUGCGAUCUUUAUGAUCUCAAUCACGGUGCGCUGGAUGCUAAUGUUCCUAACUGGAACUCCCGAAAUCGACUACUCCCAGACGAGUAAAACCGCGACGAAACUUGGCAGCGCCAGUGCGGACGGUGGGAUCAUACGCAACUUAACGUUGCUGGACAAGGUUAAAUGGAGCGUGGAGCUGUGGUCGUGUUGGCGCGGGCAGGGCUGGAAUUACGCUGACCCUCACCUCAAACGAGGCGCGGAGCAGACUCAAUCUCGGCGGGACUUCCUAAUUGCAAACGCAGGUAGAAUCCUUCUGAACCGGUACAUCUCCGACCUGGUGCGCAAGUAUGCGUUCUGCGCGUUCUGGCCGGCUCACGAUACAGACGCGGCCAUUGUAGAUUUCCCUUCAUUGCCCAUGCUACACCGACAUCUACUGGUAGGGGCUCAAUUGGUUCGAGACAGUCUCAUGCUGGACAGCGAAUACCGCAAGGCUUCGCUGCUCUUCGUCGGGCUGUGUCUUUCCACGCCGGAUCGCUGGCCUGGCCUCUUCGGCAGUCCGGCCGACUUGUACACUGUUCGGAAUUUUUGGGGGAGAGUCUGGCAUCAGAUCUUCCGGCACAUGUUCACACGGGCUGGCGAGGUGGUAGCUAGAGCCCUGGAUGCCAAGAAAGGGACCCUGGUGUACAAGUAUACGAAACGGUAUGUCGGAUUCUUGGUCUCCGGAGUCCAGCACUACGCGUGUCCGCUGUUAAUCCCGUCUUUGCGCUACGGCUGGGGAAUGUUCUGGCAGAUGCCAGCGUAUGCUGCUGUUAUCACGGUGGAGGAUUUAAUCAAGCACUAUGGCAAGAAAGCUGGGAUCCGCGAAAAUGGCUUUAUCCGCGGUCUAGGGUAUAUCUGGACGGCAUACUGGAUGACAUUGAUCUACGCCUUGCCUGUUGGCUAUGUGUCGGACAUUGGGGGGUUCGCGGGUGUGUGCGCGGCAUAA